AUGCCGGCCGCGUGGAGGAAUGUGGAACAAGCUUUGGCUAUUGGUGUCCACACCAUGUACAAAUCCCGCGGGAUAUGUUCCCUCUUUGAGGGGGAACUUCAAGGCUGGGCUGCGAGCAACCUUCACUCCACCAUCCCCUCUGCUCAUCUACCGACGGCUCGAACCCGCGGGCUAAAGCGUCUCUACUUUCUACGCAGUAUCCGUACGGAUACACUACUGGCCGUCCCGGCACUAUUCGGCUGCGCACAAUCCAAUCGAACGGAGUUCACCCCGUGGAGUAACUUGCGUCAAAAACCCGGGGGAGAAGAGGAGUACGCCAUCCGAGCCUGGGGCUUCCCACUGGGCCCCAUCAGAACAUUCCAACUUUCGACCGACAGCAUGUUCUUCAAGAACCAGCUUAGACACGCCUGCGGACCUGGGGAAUGUUCUGGAAAUACGGCGGUCAUACUAUUCACUGUAACGAGACUCGUGGGCGGAAGUGAGAUGUUCCCUAGAAAUCAACAAAACCACCGGACGAAGACCAAGGUCGGCCGGAAAUCAGGACCAAGAGAAACUAGUACUCAAUCACCCCUGCAUAAACACGUUAAAGUGAUACCCGCGGGGCUUUUUUACUGCAUUGGGGAUGGUCUGCUGAGGGAUUCCCCGCGUAUCCCGCACCCGGAGGUGUUUGAGAGAAUCCCGCGCGAUGGGAAAUAA